CGACCCGCGUUUUUGGCCUGGACCGCCGGUGCUGGAUCGCGAGCACCGGGUCUUGCCGGAGGCUCCUGCCAACGGUUCUGCUGAUAAAGAACUUGCUCCGGUGGCACACCACAUCACCUUUCCGGAGCUUUACAACAACCCGAUUGUCCUCAUGUUUUUGCUGAACCGCCAGAAUAGACGCACUAGCACAACUACCGAAGGGAACCACGCCGAGAGUGGAAAUCGAGAUGUACGCGACGCCUCUGCACCUCCUGUUACAGCCAGAUACUUUCUGGGCUACCCGUUGGAAGAUGAUCGGCGGCCGGCGGAAGAUGCAUGGUGGUGCUGACUCCAGAAGCACAAGUCAUUCGACUAGUCGGUACGAAGAGUUCUGUCAAGAUUUUGGCUGCCUGUUUCGCCCGGAAAUCAUGGACCUUGAGAUGCUCGAGUUCGUGGUCGGGGGGGCGUUUCGGGCGGGGGUGAAUGAAAAGUGGUGGGCUGGUCUGAAACUGUCUUCCCCGGCAUUCACGGAGACGGUCGGGAAGCUUUACUUCCCCGAAGCUGCUGCUGCUGCUGCAUCGUCGUGUAACGUUCCAGUAACAGAAUCGGAAGAAGGACCUCUACUUACGUCGGAGACUGCUGCCGCCACAUCGGCCGAAAGUGGAGCGGGAGAUUAUAUUACUGAAGACUCCUCUAUUUCUGCUGACCAUACAACGCACACUGAAGAAGAAAUAAAACAGCUUCCAAGAACCGAUGUUGAUGAUAACAAGAUGAAUAACGAGCCCCCGCUGGUGCUACACAACAACGAAUAUUCGAAUGAUGUGCGGUUGCCUUCUGCGGAGGAAUUGUUGUGGGUUUCUGCGACAGGCCGCGUUGUUAAGUUUGCUGACCCCUACGUUUUCUACGGCUUCUUGCAGGAAGAAGUGGACAGAUAUCUCGAAAAGGAUGCCCAGCUUGCGCGGGCGGGUGGGACGAACAUUCGCGACGCAACUUUCAUCGCUUCGUCCGGUUUGCAGGGGAAAACGUCGGACGUUGUCCAGGAGACCACGGAUGGGACCACGGAUGAGACGACAGACGGCCGGGCGUCGGGAACGAGGACCUUGUUCGUUGCGCCCGGAACGCCAAGCUACCUACCGGCCUCCGCCGUUCUGGUGCUCGAGGCGGUGAAAACGGCGUGCGAGAAGUUGUGGCGGAAACUGGAAGUUGUAGCCGGGUCGAAGCAGGAGUUGUCACAAGCCGAAGGUACUAACCAUGAUUCGUUCGCCGGAAGAUCCAGCCUCGAAACUGCAUUUCAAUUUCUCUCCCCGCCCAACACCACCUCCUCGUGGUCCUCCUCCACCGCGCACGCAACCUGCCACCGCCAGUCGUCUGCUUUGUCCGAGGAAAUCCACCGCAGGAAGGAGCAAUUGCAAAUCGCGCAGGCAGAGCGGCUGUGUCGCGUUUUGCAGCUGGUUUUUCGCCAGCCUUUGUUACGGACAGUGUUCGGCGAAAUCGGCAAAGCGGAAAAAGAAAGUCCAUCCACCGCAUUCCGCAAGUUGCUCUGGGAGAACAAAAUCCCCGUCGGCGUGCAGUUCGCUUACGCACUCGCUUUUCACCCAAAGAACGGGGGAAAAAAAAUUUACCAAGACCAGAAAACCGAGGUGGCGGACCCGGACAGGAUCAACUGGGAUCAGUGCUACAACUGGCUGUUUUUGGAGAACAAAACGAACAAAAAGCACGAAAACUUCUUUGCAGGGGAUGACGAAGUUCUUGUCGCUGAGCAAGAUUAUGACGAUAAAUCCGGUUUGGUCUUUCCGUCUGGACGAGGGAGAAGUUCUGCAGCCAAAAUGUUAGACGCGGUGACGCUGCGAGAGCGGCGAAUGUGGGUGGAGGGCCAACAUGCAAAAACCGCAGAGCCAGAAUUUUUGGGCUCCUUCAACGUGGUCCGCGGAGUGGCGGCCGAAGAAGAGCUGGACAUGGGACGAGAAGAGUGACCCGUAGUGCCAGCGGUGAUGCAGCUGCAUGCUCAGCGAGCCGCAGCGGCUCAGCGUGUAAGAAAACGAUAGCCAACGACCAUACCUGUUAGCGCAGUUCAGAUGUUUUAGGCUUGUGAACAAAGCGAUCACGUACCAGAAAUAAGAAUGGAUAGCAGGCACAAUAACAAACAGAAAGGCCUUCCAGCAUAGUGCCCAGGAGGUGGCCGCGAAUGCAAACGAUGCAGACAAUAAGUAGAAGUACCGACCAAAUGAUCGAAACGUCAAAGGGCUCUGCACGCAGCGGAAGAUUCUACUGAGGCGCUAUGGUUCUAAUUAACCGUGAAAGAACCUCAACGCGGUUGAGUUUAAAACUGACCUUAGUCAUCCUACGGCUUCUUGUGGCAACAGGGCCAUACAAAUGAUCGGAAAGACACUAUCACGACUUGCAGACGCUUUUUUUACUAAAGUAUAAGUAUGUUUACUACGUUGAAGUUUUGAUAAUCCGGCAAAGGUAACCACCUCGCGCGGUGCUGUUCGUUGUGACGAGCUCUCAUCGUCUACAUGAGGCUCCGUUUUUUGGACCCUUUUUCAAAUAGAAUUCUGAUUCUCUGCACGAAAUACGCCGCUUAUUUAUACCUUUCCAAGGCGAAAAGGAAAUGGAAAACGUCGAGCAGAAUAAAUUCAUCAGUUACACCACCUUUCCAAAUCCAAACUUGUACAAAAGCAGCAGAGGUGUUUUUUUGCCUGAUCUUGUUCGUUGUUUGGCGUCUCACCACCAGGAGUUUUUUCUUCGCCCAGACUUUGCCAUAAGGUUGAGGCAUGAUGCCAAGGCUUCCUUCCAUGGUGCAACUUCAAUUUGGAGGUGAUGUCCAAGUCCAUCACACGAAAUCUUCGAGACGAAAUAAAUAGAAUGAGCAAACAGAUAAACCAGAACCGUGUCGUUGUCGUGUUCACGACAGUGAGUAUCUACGAU